CGCGCGGCUCGCCCCGCGGCGGGAGGAGGAGGAGGAGCCGGAGCAGGAAGUGGUCAGUAGCCCCGCAGCGCAAGCCGGGGAUGGUUCUCCCGCGGUUCCUGCUGCUCCCAAGUGCGCGCUGGGCGAUCCUCGGCUCAGCGGAGGCUGCGCUCUGGGGCUUAAAGUCAAUAAAAGGAAGCUGCCACAAUUUUUGUACUGCUAUUUGUAAAGAUGUCACUUAUAUGGAACUUAAAAAACUCUUGAAUUCAAAAAAAAUUAUGUUAAUUGAUGUUAGAGAGACAUGGGAAAUUCUUGAGUAUGGAAAGAUCCCCGGGUCUGUCAAUAUACCACUGGAUGAGGUAGGUGAAGCUCUACAGAUGAACCCGAAAGACUUCAAAGAGAAGUACAAUGAAGUAAAGCCAUCCAAAUCUGACAGUCUAGUGUUUUCUUGUUUAGCCGGAGUGAGAAGCAAGAAGGCUCUGGACACAGCAUUAUCUCUGGGCUUUAACAGUGCUCAAAACUAUGCUGGAGGAUGGAAGGAGUGGGCAACCUAUGAAUUUUCAGAGAAGAAACAAGGACAUUGAAUUUUGGACUACAAGCUGGCCCUUUCCUUGUGUACAUGCAGCCCAGGAUACUGGAAGAAACAAAAGAAUAAGAAAGUAGCCGUGGCACCAGUGAUUAAUGGGAAGGGGAUUUUGUAUAAGUCAGUUAAUUUGUUGAAUCUUUUUCUCAUCUGUAAAUUGAGAAUCCCACUUCCCCCUGCCCUCUUCCAAAGGCUAUUGAGGAUUGAGGUAAUGCAUGUGGUUUACCGUGGAAAUAUAAGGGUUGGAACUCUAGGAAUUAAUUUUUAAAUAGCUUAGUAUAGUUCUAUAGUAUUCCAAAAGACUUGAAUUCUUUUGCUACCUAAACAUAACGUGUGACUAUUUGUGUUAGAAUAGCUUCUGUACUGUACUCUUCAUCAAAGAGGUGACCAGCAUGGCAGUGAUAUAAUUUGCAACUUAAAAAAUGAAUAUGAUCCAUGGGCAUAGUACUCAGAACAGUGGUUGCUUCUGUGGAGGGAAGGAGAUUAACUGGAAAAGGCAAGGAAGAAAAUUUCUAGGGUGAUGGAAGUGCUCUGUAUCUUGAUUGAGGUAUUGGUACAUAGGCAUAUACAUUUAUCAAGACUCAUUGAUGUGAACACUUAAAAAAUAUACAUUAUCUGUAAUUAUAUCUCAAUUAGAAUAAUGAAAAUAAAAAUAGAAUAAUGAAAACAGAAAAAUGUUUAAAUAUAAAUGAUUCCCACUAGCAUGAGUAUAUUCCUUUGGAAUGUUAAGUCCUACAUUUUGCUUGUUAGUACACUAGUGCACAGUAACUGAAAUUUAAAACCCAGUAGAUGGUAGAUGGGUUUAACAGAUUAGACACAACUGAUGAGAUAAUUAAUACAAAUGAAAUAAAUAAGGUACACAUAUUAAUAUGGAUGAUUCCCACAAUGUUGUGAGAAAAGGCAAACUAUGGAAACAUAUACAGUACAGUAUAUGCACAAUAAUACUAUAUAUUAUGUAUUUAGUUUAUACCUAUAUAUGCAUGUGUAUGUAUGUACACAUAGUAUAAGUAUAAAGUAUGAGAAUAAUAAAUACCAAACUCAGAAUGGCUUCCUCUGCGACAAGAACACAGGAGGUUGUAACAGUAUGGUUAACAUUUUAUUUAGCAUGUUUAGUGGGUAAAUGAAUACUUAUUUUUACCUUUUACAUGUUUGGGAUAGGAACUCGGUAUCCUUAGUUGGAGACAUGUAAACCAGAUUCUACAAUUAUAAUACCUUUGGAUUCCUGGUACUUUUUUAAAGAAAAAAACUUAUAAUGUAUCUUAUUUACCCAAAUACAAUUAUACUUGUAUCUUUUGGAAAAAGCAAAGGAUUAACAAAUUAAUUAGAAUGAUUUGUUUUCUAUAUCAGAUCAAAUUUACAAAUGAUUUUAUUUGGUAUUCUUAAAUAAAAAUUUAACAAAUUAUAUAUCUGAAACUGCACUGACUUUUACUGACUUAAGAGUAAAACCAUUACCAAAGUCUGGUAUCAGAUGCCUCAAAAUGUGAAAAAAUAGCAUAUGAUUUAAUACAUCAUUAACAGGUAGCUAUUUUAUUUCAAUCAUGGGAGAGUAUCAGUUUUAAUCUGGUAAUGCAAGAGAUCAAAAGUUUUAGAAAUGCAGACUAGCCAGAUUAUGUUUUUAAAUAUUAUAGGUGCUAUAUAUUAUUUUCUUAAUGGAGGAGGAUGUCCUAGAAAAAGUGGCAACAGUGCACAGCCUCAGGUUCUGAACAAAGUGUCUCAAGUUCCCUUCUUUUUCAUUGUACAUUUCUUACCUGCCUUAUAAUCUGUGAGGCCUCUCGGAUUCUAUGAUAAUGCACCAUUUUGCUGUCUAGUAUGUUUAUGCCAUAGAAAUAUUGGACAGAGGAAGGACCAGCAGCUAAUCUGUGAGAAAUUUAUAUUAAAGACAAACUGGAAAAUUGAAUGCUUCUCCCACCGUCCAGGAAGACUUACUUUUGUCUAAAAGGGCAUCAGUUUAUUAAUGGAAAAAUGUAAUUUUCCACCAGCUCUUCUCAGUACUAUAAGUUUUAACAAGAGCAAGGAUAAGAAGGAAAAAGGAGAGAAAUUUUAAUAAAUUAUAAUAGUAGACUCUGGUUAAAGUGUAUCCACGUGUAGGCAACAGUUCCUACCUGAUAAUACUGUUCUGAAGAUUAAGUCAGAUAAUGCACAUCAAGUAUUUAAUACUGUGUUAUUAGUGUUAUGGUGUUAAUCAGUACAAAAUGGUAUUUGCUUAUUGGUAGUUGAUAUUUGGGGUUGCUGUUUGUAUUCACUUAACAUUAAUGGAUAAAGAAGGCUGCUGAAACUUCCAGUUAAACACCUGGGUUCAGGAAUGGCAGCGAGAUGCCUUACAGAAAACAGGAAGAUAAAGUGAAACUCCAAGUACUGAACAAUGAGAUACCUACCCUCCUGACCUCACUCACCUCCAAAACUCUGACAACCCAGCUCCUACCACCUCUGAUAGAAAGCUAGACGCUUCCUCUCUAGAAAAACUGACCCAUCCCAAAGAAAAAAGCUUCAGAAUGAUUUUGGGGUUGGGAGGGACGGGUCAUAAAAAAGUUCUGUUGCUCCCUUAUGCUGUGAAGCCCACCACUGAAAAGUCCUACUCUUGGACAGAAGCCUUCAGUUAGCUUUCUCUCUGCCUCUCAAGUGUGAAGUAUCCUGAUUCUCACUUCAAAGACUCCGAUCAAACCAAACAGAAAAAAAGGAACUUCAAGGAAAGAAUGUGAAUGCAGGGAGUAAAGAAAAAUUUUAAAGCAAAAGAACCCUAAAUUAUUAUCCUUAGAAUGAUAACAAAUUGCAUUCUCAUACACAAACAAGGUGCUCCUUAAAAGAAAAAGAAACCUUCAAUGCACCUUUUCUCAAGAAGCUAGAGGAUGUACGCCAUUAAAACAAAGGCAUAAGUAAGCAAAGAAAAAAAAAAGGAUUCCCUGUAACUGGGAUACCUAAACAAAAAGAUGAAAGAGUCAAGGAGGAAUGUCUCCCUGUGAGUGAUCUGUGGAAUAAAUGAAAAUAAUAAUUCUGGUGAUAAAUUAAUAAAAGAUAUAAAGUAUAUUGAGCAAAUUGCAAGGCAAUUAAUACUUCCAGAAAGCAAAAAACUUCUUCUAAAAGGAACACUAGAGAACACAUUUUCUAUGUAAACUUAAUACAUACUGAAUAUGAGUUUCACAAGAAUUAUACAAUUAAAUUGGGCCGAUCAUGGGAACACAAGUCCCAGUGUAGAAUGGGUUGGGCGCAGGGAGUUGGAGGAUGGGAUGGGAGUUGGAAGUGGAGAAUAGGUGUAUGAGAAAAUGAAAUCUUCAUCUUCCAUAGCAGGAAUUUAAUAGAUAAUACUUACAAUUGAAGAAAAAAAUCAAACGGAAAGAAAAGAGAAACUGGAGAGUAAGCAGAAGAGGCAGGAUGGUAAAGUGGUAAGCCUGGGCCCUGGAACCCCGCUGCCCAGGUUUUAGUAAGAAUCUAAUCCAAGCUCUUGUCAUUUACUUGUGACUGGGUAAGUUAUUUAACUUUCUGUUCCUGAGUUUCCUCAUCUGUAAAAUGAUUGUUCUGAUAAUUAAAUGACUUCAUAAUGUAGAGAGCUUAGAACAUACUUGUCACAUACUAAGUGCUCAAUAAAUGCUGUAAUUAUAA